CCUUUCCAGUCCCAGUGGGGUGUGUUAAAGAGACAGGGCCCCGGUGUGGGUGUUUCACCCGGCUGGGCGCUUUGGCCGUAGUGGCCCUGGGCGUGCGGCCGGCGCCCGUGACAGCAGCGUCGCGGAGCCCGCUACCCCGACCUGGGGCCACUGCGGGUCUUGGUGACAGAGCCCCAUCGCCUGGCGGGAUGGGAGGCGAAGCGGGAGCCGAUGGUCCCCGGGGCCGUGUCAAGAGCCUGGGGUUAGUGUUCGAAGAUGAGAGCAAGGGCUGCUACUCAAGCGGCGAGACAGUGGCCGGGCACGUGCUGCUGGAGGCGGCAGAGCCGGUGACCCUGCGCGGGCUGCGCCUGGAGGCCCAGGGCCGUGCCACCUCUGCCUGGGGCCCGAGCGCUGGGGCCAGGGUCUGUAUUGGUGGCGCCUCUCCAGCAGCCUCCUCAGAGGUGGAGUACUUGAACCUGCGCUUGAGUCUGCUCGAGGCCCCAGCUGGUGAAGGCGUCACUUUAUUACAACCAGGAAAACACGAGUUUCCCUUUCGCUUUCAACUUCCGUCCGAACCUUUGGCAACAUCGUUUACUGGAAAGUAUGGCAGCAUUCAGUACUGUGUGAGGGCUGUUUUGGAACGACCCCAAGUUCCAGACCAGAGUGUAAGAAGAGAGCUCCAGGUUGUCAGUCACGUGGAUGUCAACACACCACCCUUAUUGACUCCUAUGCUGAAGACACAGGAGAAAAUGGUUGGCUGCUGGCUUUUCACUUCCGGUCCCGUGUCACUGAGCGUCAAGAUCGAGAGAAAGGGCUACUGUAAUGGAGAAGCUAUCCCUAUCUAUGCAGAAAUAGAAAAUUGUUCAUCUCGCCUGGUUGUUCCUAAGGCAGCCAUAUUCCAAACCCAGACAUAUUUGGCUAGUGGAAAGACAAAGACAGUCCGGCACAUGGUUGCCAAUGUUCGUGGAAACCACAUUGGUUCUGGGAGUACGGACACAUGGAAUGGGAAGAUGCUGAAGAUCCCACCUGUCACUCCGUCCAUCCUGGAUUGCUGCAUUAUCAGAGUGGACUACUCCUUAGCUGUAUACAUUCACAUUCCUGGUGCUAAAAAGUUGAUGCUGGAGCUGCCCUUGGUUAUUGGUACAAUUCCCUACAGUGGCUUUGGCCGCAGAAACAGCAGUAUGGCAAGCCAGUUCAGUAUGGACAUGUGCUGGUUGGCACUGGCCCUGCCGGAGCAGCCUGAAGCACCACCAAAUUAUGCAGAUGUGGUAUCUGAAGAAGAAUUCUCCCGACACAUUCCUCCUUAUCCUCAGCCUUCUGCCUGUGACGGGGAAGCCUGCUACUCUAUGUUUGCCUGCAUACAAGAAUUCCGGUUUCAGCCUCCGCCUCUUUAUUCAGAGGUUGAUCCACAUCCUGGUGAUGCCCAAGAGACCCAGCCUGUGUCCUUCAUUCUCUGAACAAACUCCAGACUUCACUGUGUCGUUACCAACUUAGAAUAUUGGUCCUUUCGCCUCCCUUGCUGGAUGAGAGAGAAAGUUAACUUCAGAAUGUCAAUGAUCUUCAAGGCCGAAGAUGAUAGAAGUGAAAGGAUAUGAGAACUUUUAGUGACCAGGGGGAUGGUUUUGCAGUUUCUAGGGUGGGCUCACUUGUCCCCCUUAAAAGUGGAUGAAAAUUUGAAUUGAAAAACCGGAAGUCCUGAUGGUAGGAGAAGAUGUGGAAGAAUGCCCGGACUGUUGAAGAGGGAGUCUUAAGGAAUUGGGAUGUUACUGGAGUGUGCUCCGACCAGGGUUCACACACAGUUGUGAACUUAUGGACUUGGUUGGAAGACAUGAUUUAGGGGAACAAGACAGCUUUGAAUUGAGUGUGAAUGAGCAAGAGGUCUACUUUCAGUGCGAUUGAGGACCCUAGGUAUUGGGGUCUUCAUGAUUUCGUAUCAUGUUACCACAGCAAGGAUCCGGGGUCCCUGAAAGUAUCCUUUCUGGAGUCAGUGGUCAUGUGAGAUCCUGAAGGAACUGACAGUGGCUCCAGUCUUUCGUGAAGAUGCUAAAAUGUACCUUGGAAAUUGGCUCUACUAUAGUAGGAAGCCUAGAUGGGAUUCCUUAAAAGUUUGCCGUAUCAAACGGAAAAGAGGAAUUGUUUGUGAAAGCGUAUAUUGUGAAGGGCUGAACUUCUUACACUUUUAAGAACUGCUUGCAGGGUGGACGUUUGAUUUUCCUCAUUCCUUAUUUACUUAGGAACUAUUAGAAAAAGAAGGGGUAGGCACAACAUCGUUGGGAUACUUGAUACCUAUACAAACAGAGUGUUCUCUUAUCCUACCUCUAGUGGCUUUGUCAGACCUGCUCUCAAAAGUCCAGGCCUGACCAACCUCUGGGGUUUCUGCUCUGUGCAGUUAGCAGACUCCUCUGAGCCUGUCACUUGACCAGAAAACUAGACCAAGGAAAAAGCCCAUGAACUCAGAGACAAAAAUACAAACACCUAAGAUCUUAAGAAACCCCAGAUCAAAAGAGGACAGAAGCACGCCUGAGCUUGGUUCCUGUGAAGAGACCUCAGUGGGCAGACGGCAGUUCUUGUGUUGUGCUUUCGUAUUCCAGCUUGUUAGUAAUUCCAUUCAUACUGUGAUUUGUUUUUUUUUGUUUUUGUUUUUGUUUUUUUUUUAAGCAAAUUGUUUUGGUGCAAUAUUUUGUUGUCUUUGAGUCUCAGGAUAUUCAGACCUACAGGACUGUGUUACUGCUGGCAGGGUCAGCCAUGUUACCAGCCUCCUCCCUCUGUUCACAGUCACAUGCUCAGUUGUUUUGCCUGCAGCCUGUUGGUCCCACGAACCGAGCACACUUCUGACACCAGGUGGGAGGGAGACUCUCACAGUCGAGAUCUGGACAAGCCAAAUCCUAAGGGUUCGAUUUAGAAACCCUGGUGCUUCCCAGGCAGAAUGCUGUGCCGCUUCCAUUGUGGUGAUGGACUUACCUUUUAAUCACCAUGUCCCCUCAGACACAUUCUUCUAGAGUGGAAUUUUAUAUCAAAGUCAGUGGGUCAUUUGUUCAGGGAUUUUGUACCAAUGUUUGGUAAAUGUGUACUCCCUGUUGAGCAUACCUCUUCUGUGAUCAUCUUAGCGUCCAGUACGUGUGUUUCACUGUAUGCCAUCGUCAAAAAUGCCAAGUGGUAUUGCCAAUAAUUGUGGUAUGGGAAUUACCACAAGUCCUUAUUUCUCAUUUUGGUUUUUAGAGAUUUCUUUCUGUUGUGUAUCUGUAACAGUUACAAUUGUUCAAAUUUCAUAUAAACUGCUUUUAUGUUUGCCAUGGAAAAGAUGGUGAGCUGUCUUUUGGCUUCCGGCCUGUAGUUUACUUGCUAUGUCAAGUCAUGGUCCAUCUAUGAAACCAAAAUGAAGGGAAAGAAAGCAACAGUACCAAGUGGACAGAGUAGAUCAGCCAUGGCAGUCAGUUUGGUUAGAGAAAUCAUGAAGUCCCCCCAUGAAACAGAAGCAUGGCUAACAGUGGCAUUAAAGAGAAGAGUCCAGAGACCUAACUUUAUACCUGUGUCUGGCCUGAAGCUUAUACCCAGGAUAACAUGAAUGUAGAGGACUGCAUCAGAAACACUGCGGAUGAAGAUCAGACUUAGCUGCUAACACUUGCCUGUUUAGUCCCCUCUUGCUCUCACUUAGCUUGGGAAAAACAAAAAGUGCCCUUAGCAUUUUCUUUCUGAUGCACAAAGCUUGAGAUUCCAAGUGUGCAUCUUUUGGUGCACGCAGAUCCUUCCCUCCCCACCCCGGGGCAGAACUUUACUUCCUGUGUCUUUGUUUUGCACAAUAAGAAACUCAGUAGGCAAAGGUUGUGUUUUUGGUAAGUUCACUUGCUUUUUAAAAAUUUUUAUUAAAAAUGUAAUAAUUUAACCAAGGGGAAAAUAAAGAUUGUAUUUUGUACUCUUCUUUGAACCCCAUGGGUUCCUUUUUGUUAAUAAAAUGGUUAUACUAA